GUAAAAUGGUGGAUGGAUGACUACUUUUUCCAGGAAAAUAUGAUAAAUUGCGUUGAAACUCUGUAUGUAAUGUCAGUUAUUGUUUUAACAAGCUUUUGAUUGAGCCAACGACAAAAUGAACUCUCCAAAUAACAGGAAACGUCUGGCAAAAAUCAGGUGCCUACAGGAAUGUAUUCAAUGUUUUAAAGAAAAACGAAAACUUCCCGAGUCCCUAUGUUAUGUGGCUUCCGAAAUUGUGUACAAGUGUUCUCCUAAAUGUUUCAUUCAAGUUUACAGUGAACCCUCGACAGAAAGCAAAAGAAUCAGGGAUUUGAAUGCUUCAUCAGACUCCUUAGUUUAUGUGAGUGGUGAAGAAAUGUGCAAUGCUGGAGGAAAAUGGCUCAAAGUUGUAAAGUUUAAAAGCACUGCUGGUGCAGAAGACAUUGUAUUUGACACAGAUGCCUGGUUUUUGCUGUACAGCACCAAAACCCCCACAGAAGAUUUACUUUCACUGCAAGAAGUUUCACCUUCAGUCCCGAAGGAUUCCCCGUGCAAAGUGGUGAUCAACAAGUGGAUGGAUGUAGUGUGUCACCAUUUCUCGUUAGAUUUACGAAAGAAGAAUGUUUAUGUGACGCCACCUGAUAUAUGUGCCGUAUCCAGACUUCAGACAGUACCAGUAAACUGGAGUAUAGAACAUGAUGAAGCAUUAGUGAGACUUAUGUCCAAAUAUGUUUCACCUGAUAAUGGUCAAUUAGGCGCCAUAAAAAACUAUGUGGAUGCAAUUGAAGUUUCAUCAUUUAUCGGAGACUACGGUGCCUCCUGUUUAACUGACGGAGACCCAGAAACAUUUUGGGAGAGUGAUGGCACAGCAGGUCGACAUUGGAUCAAACUUAAAAUGAAGAAAGGAACAAUAAUUAAAAAACUACAGAUUUGCUUAGACAGUUCGGAUGAUAACUACCUCCCGUCAAAGAUUGUGGUGAAAGGUGGAGACUUGAGUAAUGGAAAAAUUCUCAACGUGGUCAACAUAGACUGGGAAACAGAAGAGGCUGGGACACACACCAUCUUGUCAAACAUGACUGAGCAUUAUCAGUGGGUCACUAUCAAGAUCAAGGACUGCAAAGCUGGUGGAAUCGAUACCCGAAUACGUGAGUUGAAGUUAGUCUCAACCGAGGAAAGAACAUUAGGAUUUUAUCGUGACUUUUUUCGUAGUGAAAACCUAGUCCGAUUUCCCAUCCUGGAAACCUACUCAAACGAGGAGCUUUAUCAUCGCUCUCAGGUGCUACAAAGGUUUAUGGAGAUUGUUGACUGUGUGUUGUUGUACAUUGUGCCAGCUUGGGAAUUCUCUAUAGGAUCCUACAGUUCACUAGAGUUUGUCCGCCAACUGUUGCCGCUUUCAAAGAAAAGACUCACCUUAAUUGAAACAUGCUUGAAAGAGACAGCUCUUAAAUGGCCGCCGGACAUGCCAAAGUUGUUCAUCAACCGGCGCACUGCCAUGGAGCACAGGUGUGACCCAGCAGCUGACCCUGAGUACAAGAACUCCAUCUUCAUGCAGAUCUAUGAGGGCCUGAAGCCCCGCGACAGAAUGUCUAAACCACUGAACUAUCGCUGGUCGUCCCGCUAUGAACAGUGGUGGGAAUGUAAGUUUGUGUCCGAGGGGGUCAUAGACCAGGGCGGGGGGUUCCGGGACAGCAUGUCUGACCUUUCCGAGGAGUUGUGUCCCUCUUCCAGCGAGGGACUUGUGCCUCUGCCAUACUUUAUACGCUCACCAAACCAGUUCUGUGAAGACUCAAACAUAAACCGUGACGUUUUUGUGCCUAACCCACAAUGUCGCGAUUUCCCGCGCUACGAGUGGAUUGGUCAGCUGAUGGGGGCGUGCCUCAGGGGAAAGGAGAACCUCGUGCUGUCGUUACCUCGCUUUGUGUGGAAGAGACUCGUUGGUGAGCGGGUCACUUGGGAGAGAGAUUAUUCAACUGUUGAUGCUUCAUCUGUGAAGCUUAUUGACACGCUGGAGAUGUCGGAGUCUACAGCAGAUUUCGCGUCCUCACCUCGUAGUUGGUCAUGCACGUUGAGUGACGGGUCGAUGGUGUUGAUUAAAGUCGACUGGGAGGGCAACUCUGUGCCACUGAAGUACGAAGACAGAGAGCGAUACUGUAGCGAGGUGCGACAAAUACGAAUGACAGAGUUUGAUGAGCAGAUUGCUGCCCUCAGGUCAGGCCUGCUGAAGACCAUCCCCCAGGCAGUCCUGGACCUUCUCACCUGGCAGGAACUGGAGCAGAGGAUCAGCGGAGACCCGGAGAUCUCCAUAGAAGCACUGAAACUAUCAACUCACUAUGACGACGUAGAUGAGAAGGGUGUUCGUGUGAAGUACAUGUGGGAAGCACUGAGGAACUUCUCAAACGAAGAUCGGAGCAGGUUUCUACGUUUCAUCACAGGCCGAAGGAGACUGCCAGCAACUGUGCAUAUAUCUUCAGGCAGAGACAAUGCAGUGGACUGCUUGCCCGAGUCCAGCACGUGUGGGAACACCCUCUACCUGCCCAACUACUCGAGUGCCAAGAUGGCGGAGGAGAAGAUUCGAUACGCCACGUACAACUGCAUGGACAUAGACACAGAUAUGAACCUGUGGGAGGACUGAUACUUGCAUUCUAUUUUAAGGUUUUAACAUUAUGAGAGAAAAUGAUAUUCAAGCAUCUAACAUCUGGAAGGUCAAGAAAUUAAACAACAAAUUUGUCAACGGUUUUGGUUCUAUAACUUUUUUAUUCUGAGGUCUACGGUAUUGAUACAAAAAACCGAGGGAGCACAAACGCCGAAGAGCCGAAAGGGCUUAUUCAUUUAAAAGAAAUAUAAAUAUAAACUAGCUUACCGGGUGAAAAUAUACGCUACUCCUUCACGAAAAACACGAAAAUGACGCCAUCUUGGAAGUUUAGUUACAACUUACCUCACCUAAACCCGUAUACGCAUGCCCCCCUGUUUAAAGGAAGUUCUAAAUGAAAAUCUAGUAUAUGUGAAAAGUGUCAUCCAUGAUAGGCCUAUGCUGACUGCAAAGGCUUGUCGUGGAUGACACUUUAAGCACAAUGAACUUGUUGGGGAAUAAUGCUUUCUCAGACAUUGAGAGAAAAAAAAGCCCCAAAUAUGUGUAUUGUUCUGAGAAAACUGGGCUUAAUGCAUGUGCGUAAAGUGUCGUCCCAGAAUAGCCUGUGCAGUCUGCACAGGCUAAUCAGGGACGACACUUUCCGCUUAAACUAGAUUUUCGGUAAAAAGGGACUUCCUUUAAACGAAAUAUACCAUUCAAGCAUACAGUGUCGUCCCUGAUUAGCCUGUGCAUACUACACAUGCUUAUCUGGGACAACACUGUAUGCUUCUGCUUUAAGACCCGUUUUCUCAGAGCAUGGCUAAUUUAUAUGUUUUAAAGUAUUGAUAAACCAAAAAUUCUAAUAUGCCAUUGAAUGGCUUCUUUACUUUUUUCAGCAGUAUACUCUUGUUUUCUCUGAUACAGAUCUUUUCUCUACUUGUUGUGAUACAAAAAAAUGCUGCCUGUGAUUCUGUAACACAUAAUAUUGCGAUGGAUAUAUAUCUUAAUGAGUUUAAACUUGUUUAAGAGAAAAUCUCUGUUUGGUAUUUUAGUUAUGGGCCUAUGGUUAAAUGUAGACUUUAUACCAAAGGUAUUGGGGUGCGUCUAUUUGGCCUUAUUUUUUACGCAAUUUGAGCCAUAUAAUAGUUAACAAGGAGAGCCCAUUCCUUGAAUAUAUAUACCUUUGUAAUCUCAGAAAUGUAAUUGAGAUUUAAACAGUUUUCAGUUUCUACAUAAGCCAUUUACGAUUUCCUUUAGUGCCAAAGACAUAUUUGAUAAACAGUGGUUGUCCUGUUGACAAACAUUUUAUUGGUAAAUAUUAAGUUGGAUAGUUCUAUAAUGGCACUAAGAAAGAAAAAAAGUUUUUGAUGUCUGUGUAGGGUGGGUCGUUUAUAAGAAUUUUUUUUUUAUUUGUGUGUCAAUGCCAUUUUUGAAGAAGUUGUCAGAACUAUAUUAGUUUCAUCUCAAUCCAUUUAUUACCUAGAUUGUAUUUAUAUUCUUACAUACACAAGUAAUGCUGAUUUAGAUUUCAGUAUGCAUGUAUAUAACGGUGUGGACAACUGACAGUAUAUAUGAAGAGUGUAAAUCACACUAUGCUAUACUACAUGUAUAUGGUGGUGUGUUAAAUCAAAAUUGACAUGCGAUAGCUGCUGACAUUUUAUUUUAAGAUUUUUUAUUAUUAUUUCAUAGACUUCUGUCACUAGCUUACUCAAAACUAAUAUUUUCUCAUGCGCACGCCUUAUUUUUCAUAUGGUGACUAAUAGCCAUAAUGUUAAGCAGUAUAUGUGUGCACUGUUUGUACUUUCACCUGAUCAACACAAACUGUAGACAUACUUUAUAAAGUUAUUUAUGGCAAAACUAUAUUUGGCUUAAAGGAGAUGCAAGCAUUAUCAACUGUUCUAUGCAACAAUUUACCCAUGUAAUAUCUACUUUGCUUGAAAGAAAAUAAACACAGAUGUGUAGUUUUCAUUUUAUGUCUUUUGUAAUUUUCACUGUGCUGGUAUCUUACACAAAAGAGGUUGUAAUCCUCAGUUGAACUUUUUAGACACAUACAGUUACAUAUGAUCGUCCUCAUGCAAAAAUGGGUCUUAAGUCAUGUGCAGCCAGUGUAGUACCAGACCAGCUUGCACAGUCUGGACAGAAUUGCCCUGUCUGCUAUGGUCACAGAGAGUUGCCCUGUCUGCUAUGGUCACAGAGAGUUGCCCUGUCUGCUAUGGUCACAGAGAGUUGCCCUGUCUGCUAUGGUCACAGAGAGUUGCCCUGUCUGCUAUGGUCACAGAGAGUUGCCCUGUCUGCUAUGGUCACAGAGAGUUGCCCUGUCUGCUAUAGUCACAGAGAGCUGCCCUGUCUGCUAUAGUCACAGAGAGCUGCCCUGUCUGCUAUAGUCAUUGAGAGUUGCCCUGUCUGCUAUGGUCACAGAGAGUUGCCCUGUCUGCUAUGGUCACAGAGAGUUGCCCUGUCUGCUAUAGUCACAGAGAGCUGCCCUGUCUGCUAUAGUCACAGAGAGUUGCCCUGUCUGCUAUAGUCACAGAGAGCUGCCCUGUCUGCUAUAGUCACAGAGAGCCGCCCUGUCUGCUAUAGUCACAGAGAGCCGCCCUGUCUGCUAUAGUCACAGAGAGUUGCCCUGUCUGCUAUAGUCACAGAGAGCUGCCCUGUCUGCUAUAGUCACAGAGAGUUGCCCUGUCUGCUAUAGUCACAGAGAGUUGCCCUGUCUGCUAUAGUCACAGAGAGCUGCCCUGUCUGCUAUAGUCACACAGAGCUGCCCUGUCUGCUAUAGUCACAGAGAGUUGCCCUGUCUGCUAUAGUCACAGAGAGUUGCCCUGUCUGCUAUAGUCACAGAAAGUUGCCCUGUCUGCUAUAGUCACAGAGAGUUUCAUGGUCUCAUUAGGGGACAUGGUAGCUCUUGACCAUAUGGCAUAAGACCUAUUUUUGCAUGCUGCAGGUCAUAUGAUCCACCAUUUUUAAUAAUUAAGGAAACUAUUGUUACUAUUGUUAGUGAAAAUCUUUUAUAACAUUUGUUGAAUUCUCUGUUGUCUGCAAACUUCCCUGAACUGACAGUCAAUAAAUUUAACUGUUUAACGUUGUCACAAAUGUAUAUGUGGAAAUUAUAAAGGAUAGCAUUUAAUGUGUAAUAUUUAAGGAAAUGAUCUUGAGUUUUAGUGAUUGUAUUUUAACAUCAUUGAACUUGGGCCAAGGUAACAUAGCUGUAUAGUUAUAUAGAGAGACAAUACACCAAGGCUUAUUCAAAUGCAGUAUUUUUGAUUUUAUUGGAUGGUCUGUCUUGUGAAAGUGCGUUACAUGUAUUCUUGUAAUUUAUAGUAUGAACAUGUGCUUGCAUAAUUGUUAAUGUUGCAUUAUUAUUACGUUGUACAACAUUCAUUACUGUAUUAAAACAAAUGUUAAACGUG